GGAAAUUAGCGUUUGUGUUUGUCCUGCUGUAAGGUUUGAAACAUAUGUGAAGUGCUCUAGAAAUUGGUAACAGCCCAUCACUAAGGAAGUCACUGUUGCCAACUAGGAUAUGACACUGAAUUGUACAUUAGGGAAAUUAAUCUUUUCUUAGGGGUUGAAUUACCCUGCCACAUCACAGUGGGUUUUUAGCCCGUUUCUUGGUGAAGAUGGCAGCCAACAAUGCAGUGCUGAACAGGCUGGAGCAGAAAGGUGCAGAGGCCGACCAAGUUAUUGAAUACCUCAAGCAACAAGUAGCUCUGCUCAAGGAGAAAGCUAUCUUGCAGGCAUCUCUCCGAGAAGAGAAGAAACUCCGUGUGGAAAAUGCUAAACUGAAGAAAGAAAUUGAAGGGCUGAAGCAGGAGCUGAUUCAGGCAGAAAUUCGAAAUGGAGUAAAACAGAUUGCAGUUCCUCCUGGUGCAACCAUUUCUACAGCGUCGUUUUCAGAUGAUGCUCCACAAACUGCAGCAGUUGCAUCAUCUCCUGGUUCCAAAGAGCAAAUUAAAGGUGAAGAUGAAGAAAAGAAAAAGAAGGAGAAAGUAGAAAAAAAAGGUGAAAAGAAGGAGAAGAAACAGCAGCCAGCUGCUGCAAGUGGUGAUGCAAAACCUGUGGAUGUUUCUCGUCUGGAUCUUCGUGUUGGCUGCAUUAUUACUGCUGAAAAGCAUCCGGAUGCAGACACUCUGUAUGUUGAAGAAGUGGAUGUUGGUGAAACAAGCCCAAGGACUGUUGUCAGCGGUUUAGUGAAACAUGUUCCUCUGGAUCAGAUGCAGAAUCGCAUGGCAGUACUACUCUGUAACUUGAAGCCUGCAAAGAUGAGAGGAGUGGUAUCUCAAGCAAUGGUGAUGUGUGCCAGCUCCCCAGAAAAAGUGGAAAUUCUGGCUCCCCCACCUGGGGCAGUACCUGGGGAUAGAAUCACCUUUGAAGGCUUUCCUGGAGAUCCCGAGAAGGAACUUAAUCCCAAGAAGAAGAUUUGGGAGCAAAUCCAACCUGAUCUUCAUACUGAUGACCAGUGCAUUGCUACAUACAAAGGAGUUCCAUUUGAAGUGAAAGGGAAAGGAGUGUGCAGGGCAGAGACCAUGGCAAACAGCGGAAUUAAAUAAACAUUUAGUAAAAGCUUUUUCAGAUGUUGAAAUGGAAAGUAAUGCAAGCACAAUAAAAAACAUUAA